AUGCGCUACGCCUUGGUAUUGGGCGCAUCUAUCUGUUACACCUCAGCUCUCGACAUUCUCGAACAAACCAGCGGCGGCCUGUCCUACGAGCUGCUGAACAUCACUUACUUCGCCAACGCCGCCCACCCACGAACCUCCCUGGCGGUUUCAGACUGCGAUGAGGCGGCCCAAGUGAUGCCUCUGACUGUCGUGGCCACCAACCAGAGCUUCGUCACUGGCGAGGAUCUGCAGGCGACCGUCUUCAGCUAUCUGGCUGACGACGACGUGUUGUCUCCGGGAUUUCUGCUUCACGCCGUCUACCUCACCUCGUUGGUCGCCAACGCCACAAUCGAUCCAAUGGCCUUGUCUCACCUUCAUUCUCUGGGAAUUCAGACCGUCUACCUCGAUACCGAUACCUUUGCAUCCAUUCCGACGGGAUUUGACACGGCGACGGACACAUCUCCCGGGGACCUUCAGCCCGGCCCGUACACGGCGAUCGUAACUCCCAAUGCUUUGGAGCUGUUGGAUACCUACCGACUGUACCCCGACGUCUACCGGACCUUUGUCACCGGCGCGUAUGCCACCCAGGACGGCAGUGACGCCUUCCGGGCGCUCCCCCUGACGUGUCCACGCCACUGGGCGCCGCUGAUCCCCGUACCCAGCCGCAUCCCCUUCCGCCACGAUCCCCGACCGUUGGCCGGCGUGCGAGUGGCCGUCAAGGAUCUGUUCGACAUGCGCGGACUGCAGACGUCGGCAGGUAGCCUGGCAUGGGUGCGCAUUACCCCCGUGGCAACGGCGACGGCCCCGGCUCUGCAGCAACUGAUCGACCAGGGCGCCGUGCUGGUAGGGAAGUACAAGCCGUCGCAGUUUGCCGGCGGCGGCAGUCCUUGGACCUGGAUCGACGCCCAGUCGCCUUUCAAUCCGCGCGGCGACGGCUAUCUCACCUGCGCAGCGUCGUCCUCCGGCGGCGGAUGCGCGGUGGCCGCCUACGACUGGCUUGACGUCGCCGUGGGCACCGACACGGCUGUCUCGAUGCGUCGACCGGCGGCAGUGUCGGGGACAUACGGGAAUCGUCCGAGCCAAGGAAUUAUGGCGCUGGAUGGCGUCGUGGCGCAGAACUGGGCCCAGGAUACGGCGGGCGUCUUCGCGCGCGACCCCCGGCUGUGGAUGCGGUUUGCCAAAGCCUGGUAUGUCCCCGAAUUGCAGCAAGAAUCGAACAUCACGGGCCUGUCGCCGUUGGUCGUGCCCGACGCCCGCACGUUUCCCACGCAGAUUCUGUAUCCGGUCGAGUAUUUCCCCUUAGCAAAUCCGGCCGCCCAGGCGCUGGUAGACCGGUUCGUGGCUCAGCUAUCGCGACAUCUCCAUCUUACGACGCGACGUAUCAACCUGACGCAGACGGUAACCACGGGGUCAAUCUUCGAAGGAGGAAACAACUGGGAUCGCAUCUACAACUCGUCGACGGUCUUGACGCUCUGGUCGCAGCACGAGGCAGUCGCUAGGCCGCUGAUGACGGCGUGGGCCAACCUCGAGGCCGGCCGAUUCCCACCGGUGGACGCGCAGUGGCGACGCGAAUGGACGCAGCUGUUCGACCCGCAGGUCGUCAAUGGGCCGGCCUACACUCGAGCUCUGCGUGACAAGGCCCGGUCGGUCGAGUGGUUCGAGCGCGACGUUCUACAGGAGACGGAGGCCUCGUGCUCGCAGUCGGUGAUGCUCUGCCACGCAGCCAACGGCGGGUUGCCCAGUUUUCGCGAGCAGGAGCUCAACGAGGGCCCCAAUGCCACGCUACUGGGCGUGGCUCCGGAUCCGACGGCGAUGCCCUGCGAUCUGUUCUGUGCACUGUUUGGAUGCGCCGAAUCCACAAUCCCCUUGGGCCAGGUGCCCUAUUAUUCGCCGGUCACCCGGGUGACGGAGCAGCUGCCGAUCACCAUCGAUCUGGCCGUGCGACGAGGCUGCGACCUGGUGCUGUUUAAUCUAAUCGACGAGCUGGCAGCGGUUGGCAUUCUGCGGGCUGUGAAAACGGGCAGGGAGGCGUUUUGACGGCGGGCGCGCGGAGGAAAGUCGGGGAUUUUUGUUUCUAUUUGGACUGAGGCUGCAGGCGUGCGGCUCCAGUCGUUCUAAAUAAC